CAAAAUUAAUUGAAAUCUUGAACAAUUUUCUCGUUCUCCUCUUAUCCACAAAAAUGUCAGAAAGACCAACAACAAUUCGGGAAGCACUUGAAAAGUGGGAGAAGAAGAAUGAAAUGAAAGCAACGGAAGCGACAGAAAUCGGUUUGCAAUUUCAAAUGCCACCAAUCGAUAAAAUGACAAUGGAGCUUGCUGCACUUAAGAAUUGUGAAAAAUUGUCUUUAUCUACAAAUAACAUCGACCGAAUCAUCCUUCCACCACUUCCUAAUUUGAAAAUAUUGGCACUAGGACGGAAUAACAUUAAGAGCUUUGCUGGUUUGGAUGCUCUGGCUGAUUCUUUAGAGCAAUUGUGGAUAAGCUAUAACUCAAUUGAAAAACUUAAAGGCAUCGAAGUAAUGAAGAAGCUCAAAGUGCUCUAUAUGGGAUACAAUUCGAUCAAAGACUGGAAUGAAGUUUCAAAGCUUGCAGCACUUAGUAAAACUCUCACAGAUUUCAAUAUUUACGGAAAUCCAGUGGUUCAAGGCAUGGAAGAAGUAUUUUAUCGACCAGAAGUCAUUCAACGUCUGCCGUUCCUAAAGAUGCUCGACGGUGAGCCUGCUAUACUCUAAAUUGAUUUUUCGUUUAUAUUUAUUGCGAAUUUAUGAACUGUUAAAAAAUUAUUCGGGCAAUAAAUUGCCUGAAAAC